CUGACGGGUAGUCAGUUUCCUCACCUAUCCGCGCACAAGAACACCGCCGAGCGCGUUCUCUCCGUCUCCAGGAGUAUCUCUGCUUCUUUCCACACACCGCCAACCCGUUUCAGCACCCCCGGAGGUGUUCGCGCACUGAACAUCCUCUCGCAGUCGCGUUCAGUUUGUACGGGUCCAAUUAAAGUGAAUUUGAAAACGACGAGGCUCAGAACGAGGCUGAAGCAUCUUUAAGAGCGCGCGCAUCUCUCGGAGAGCGCGAGCAACAUAUGCGCUGCCUCUGAAGACUCGGUACAGCACCUCAGCGUGUCUGAAAACGCGUGAAAAAAAACAAACGUUUCAACCGACCGCGGAAAACUUUCAAGGAAUAUUUACGAGCGUUUUGAAGGAUUUCCUUUCAGUAACACUGAGUAAAACUAAUACUUUUGGAGGUAUUUAGAGGACGGAAUACGAAGUGAACGCUGCGUUCCGACAGGAAUCACAUUUACGCGCUUUCAGUUAUACGGCUCUUCUUUGCGGACGGAAGUUUCUGAGUUUUCCGGCGGAAAAAAUGGGCAUUACUGGUUAUUUUGAGCUGCAGUGGAAAUGCCUGGUUGUUGUGGCUCUAAGACUGCUGUUCCUUGUGCCCGCAGGAGUGCCAGCGAGAAGCGGAGAGUCUUAUUUAAAGGACAACAUCACUGUCAGACAAGGAGACAGUGCUGUAUUGAAGUGCAAUGUGGACAACAAAGUAUCGCGGGUGGCAUGGCUCAACAGGACCACUAUCCUCUUCACAGGGAAUGAAAAAUGGUCGUUGGACCCCCGAGUGGUCCUACUAAACACAGCAGUCACUGAAUACAGUAUAAAGAUCAUAAACGUGAACUUAUACGAUGAGGGGCCAUACGUGUGUUCCAUCCUCACGAACAAGAAACCAGAAUCGACAAAAGUGCAUCUCAUCGUACAAGUUCCUGCCAGGAUUGUAAACAUAUCUGCGGAUGUUUCGGUGAACGAGGGCAGUAACGUAAGCCUCAUGUGUCUGGCUAUCGGACGACCUGAACCCAGCAUUUUGUGGAAAUUCCGUUCCUCGAAAGGUGAAGGAAAAGGUAAUAGAAUCAUUACCGAGGGUGAAUAUGUGGAAAUGACUGGAAUCACCAAAGACAUGUCCGGCUCGUACGACUGCAUCACGUCAAACGACAUCUCUCCUCCAGACGUGAGGACUGUUCAGGUUACCGUAAACUAUCCACCUGUCAUUUCACGAGCUCGAAGCACAGGAACGGCUGUCGGCCAGAAAGGAGUUUUGUGGUGCGAGGCGUCUGCCGUUCCUCUGGCAGAUUUUCAGUGGUAUAAGGGGGAGCGCAGACUCUUCAACGGACUCAACGGGGUCAAGAUCGAAAACAAGGGGAAACAGUCCAUGCUAACGUUCUUCAACGUCUCGGAAGAGGAUUACGGGAACUACACCUGCGUGGCCAUGAACACGCUGGGAAUAACAAACGCCAGCAUUAUUUUGUACGGCCCCGGAGCGAUACACGACGUGAACAACGCAGCCUUAUCGCCAACCAGCUCGUUCUUGCUUCUGACUCUCGUUUUAACUCUUUCGGUCCUCAGCAAGUUUUGAUGCUAAAGCAGCGUGUCCGUUUCUCCGUACACACACAGACUCACAGUCCCACACACCGAGAAGGAGAGUACUUUAUCAGUUAUUAUUAUCGUCAUCAUCAUUUGAAUUAUUUGCCUUAUGUUUCGUUUUCUGAAGGGAAGUGUCAGUGUGGGUUUAUGGGUCUGUAAUAAGAUGCUUUGGGAUUUAACCGUGUUUUGAAACAGUGAACUGGACUGUGAAUGGAGUCAGUUUGUUAGCUGGGUAGAAAUAAUAAUAGAACCACUAUAUGUGUCUCUCCAACCUUUUGUAUGUGAAAAGAGAAGCAAAAAUUCAUGUAAUCGUGAAUAACUGAAUGGUUUUUUGCUCAGUAUUGAACAGUGUGAAUUGAGGUUACUGGUGUCCUGUUUUCCUGUAAAAUAACAUGAUUUUGCUUUCCGUUUUCUUUUUUAUAAUAAUCGAUAAAAAUGACAAACAGCAAAAAAGACCGAAAUAAAAGAAUUACAAACAAAAAAAAAAGAGCCUCAGCGGGCCCAGAAGCUAUUUGGACACUUGAGUCACACUUUUAAAAAUGUCUGAAUGCUAUCAACAAGCAAAUUAUCUCUUUUCUCAGAGCUUACUUCACUUUUCUUGAAUUUCCAUUUUCAUCCUCUUUACUUUUUUUUUCUCCCAAUUACUUUUAAUUCCCUUUAAAUGUGUUUUUUUAGUGCUUGUAUGGAAUCACUUCUCCAGUGUAGUUCAUUACAUAAGCUGCAAUACGGACGUUGACUUUUUAACAGUUCUAUUAUAAAAAAACGAACUCAAAUAAACACAGCUGCGAUUAUAUUACCUAAUAGAGUACAAAAUAAAUAGCAAAAUUAUCACUAAAGUAAUGGCAUAAUAUCUGAGAUGUAAAAAUGUCGUAUACUUCUGUGACGGCAAAAGCUGAAUUCAGUGACGCUGUUACUGUUCAUUCGCUUCGAUGAUUUGUUCUAACACAAUAUCAUUCACGCCUACCGUGUGGCAUAAUUGUCCAAAUACGUUUUUUGGGGAUGCUGUAUGUGAUAUUUGAUUUACUGUACAUGUACAGAUGUAUGCAAAUACCGUUCACACACACACAGAUCUAUGCGUUCAAUAUAAUAUAGCACACAGUUCCUAAAAACAUAGUGCAUCCUCAAUGCUCAUCUGCCAUUGACGGUGUUCAAAUGACAAAGGAAUCACAACGAUAACCUGCACGUGUUCUUGUACUGAGCUGACAUAGUUACAAGCAGUAGGAUAGGCUCCUUACCUGGUCUAAAAUGUUUUACGCUGCUCUUAGAGAUGUUUUUUAAUGUAGACGCAGACAGUAUGCCCUAAUGUAAGCUACAUAAAAUCUGUUCCUCACAUAAAGACCCUUUAGGAUGACAGCUGUCGUGAGCUGUAGAAUCAUAAAUGUACCAAAUGGGACAGAGGAACUAUAUCUGAACACUACGAAUAGAGAUUUCCUCUAUAAAGUCCAAAAGAGUGAUUAGUCUUGAUCUCCACAGGUCACGUUUUAUACCACCAAAUAAACGUCGGUCAUUGUAUAUUUUGUUGUAAAUCCCUUUCCAGAGACAUUUGUAUUGUUUUGAAACGAAUCGAAUUUGCUUUGGAUGACUGGAGAGUUUCGACUUCUUUCUCAGGUUUUUGGUGCUGAGUUUCUUUUAAGUGUGUAUGAUUUUGUAUUCUUGAGUCUUGGUGAAGUAAAUUUGACAAAAGCCAAAACUGUUAUCGCAAAUGAUAUAAUAAAAUGAUGAUAUUUAAUAACUUCUGAGGACAAAGAAGUCCCAGUAACAGACAUAUUUCCUUGCGUAUCUGUGGGUGAUAACCAUCAAUUUAUCCGUGAUCUUUAGCACUAAUUUCCACACUAAUAUAAUGUCAUAUAAAUGUCAAAUUGUGCAUGUCUGAGCAGGUGGAAGAAUAUGGUAAUCUCAGAUUUCAUCUUUUUCAUAUUCCAUAUCUUUCCUUUCAUAAGUCCCGCUGAUUUAGCAGCUGUACUUUCAUACUCGUUACUCUAUGAAAGCCGACCCGUCAACACGCUCAUAAGGGACCUUGGAGACCCUCCAGAAAUGUCCACUUACCAGUAGCCAACAGCGUACAGGAGCUUAUAGGAACAGUUCAAGACAAAAAAAAAUACGCUAAAAAUGUACUCACCCUCAAGCCACCAAACAUAACUAAGUUUCCGUAUCGGAACAGUUUGGAUAUUUACCAAUGCAUAACUUACGCACCAACGCAGUGAAUGGGUGCCGUCAGAAUGAGAGUCCAAACAGCUGCUAACAAAGGUGUAAUGCUAACGAUAGAUUGGAGUUGUGUGAACUACAUGUCAAUUAUCUGAUUUUUUUUUUGGACUCACAUUCUGACGGCACCCAUUCACUCCGGAGGACCCAUCGGUUAGCGAAUGACACGUGCUACAUUCGUCCAAAUCAAGUUCUGAUGAAAAAACAAACUCACCUUCAUCUCGGCUGGCCUGAGGAUGAGCGCGCUCUCAUUUUUAGCUCAAAAUUCUUUUAAAAGUAUCUCUAAGGAAAUACAGAGAGUCGCAAGCACUCAACCCACACGGCUAACGUUACAGCGCUAAAAUGAGACCUUGUCUGUGGGCUGUCUGCAUUCAGCUUCAGUGAGCACUGUCAACAGCGCUAGACAAACACGCUGAAGAGGAAUGAUUCAAGUCCAAGGUCUGCCACAUCACAGAGAAAUAAAUAUAUGCCCGCAGAUUGUAAAUGACCUUUCACUCGAUUCCGUAGUGAAAUUCCUGCACUCUAAUUUGAAGGAUGCUGCUCUGUGACCGACUGAAUGGUUUUUGUGACUGAUGUUAGCACGGCGGAGCCCUUUCAAAAAGAUAUCAGAUCACGCGGAGUCCAAAUAUUAAUUAGACCUCAUCAUGAUCACGACAUUCACGAGCUCUUUAAGUUAAGCGCGACACUGUUCUUCAACAUGCAGCACGUUAAAAACCGCUGUAGGUGAACGAAAAAAGAAAUAUAUGCAAAUAUUUAUCCUGGUUUUAUUUGAUUGUUAAACAUGAGGACGGUGUAAUUGCGAAGAUCAACACACCUUUUCCUUGUUAGCGUUGUGCCUUGCGUGCAUUUAAAAAAAGAUAUAUCAUGUGGUAGUGCAAUCGAACAGAUUCAGUACAGACCCUGGAAACUUCUGUUUUCGCGAACGUCCGGCUCGGUUUUACUCAUCAAAUUGAGUUAUUUUAGGGUUUCGAAAAGACAUCAGAUCAUCUUUUGAUAAGUGUCAUUAAUCAUCAGUAUCUCAGUUGUGUUUUCGAGUGAAAUUGCCCAAUGAUUUCUGGUGAAUUUUGUAACAGGUUAAAGUACAUAAAUAGGUUGUACUGUAGAUUAUUAGAGUAUCAUUUCGGUAUGUCGGUUAACUUUUUAAAACACUAAUAUCGUGACGGUGAAGAUGCUGUUGACAGUGAUGUCAUUUUGACUGCUGGGAUGAACGGUGCAGACCUCCGCAGAGACACAUCGGCAGUAGUGUACAUAAAAUGGCAUCGCAAACCCAUUUCAUUUACGAACAGGCAUAAUUCAGAAUGUAAUUGUUUUGCUUUAUUUUUUUAAUCGAUAUCUUUCUAUUUAUCGUCGUCCGAGGGAACAAAAUAGCAAACAUUCAAUAACAGCACUCUGGGUUUUUGCUGACCUGAUCGUCGUUAUUUUAAAACUGCUGCAAGCGUACAUGCUACAUCUAAUCAUAGCAACAGUGUUUCGCCCAAAAUCUCUUGGCAAAAAAAUAUUUUGCCCUCCCUUGCAAAACUGUAUUGUAUGUUUGUAUUUAUUUUUCUGACUGUCUCUAUCUAGUUACGAUUGUAAAGUGUAUGAUACCUUAACAUUUGCAACACACAGCUCUCUCAAUGUGCAUGUACAGCCGUAGUUGUAUUUUUCUUUUUUUUACUAUUGGAAAAUGAGUACAAGACUGUUGUAUGUGUUCUGUGUAAUAAAGUUAAGAAUAUUUUCUUCUA